AACCAGCAUAGCAUUCCUCUCUAUUACAUCAACCACGUUCAAUUUUCAUUGACACUUUUUCCUUCCGAGACCAUCCUCUCGUUUCACGACGAACAACUAAGACUUAGCGCAACAAAUACAGCUGCCACGCAGCCACUACACCGAGACGUCGGGCAUCAGCUUUGUUGGCGAUCAUGAACUAUGUUCAGCUUGAGAAACUAGGGGAGGGUACAUAUGCCACAGUGUACAAGGGAAGGUCAAGAACGACAAACGAAAUCGUUGCGCUUAAGGAGAUCCAUCUCGAUGCAGAGGAGGGCACACCAUCGACCGCCAUCCGGGAGAUCUCCCUGAUGAAAGAACUCAAACACGUCAAUAUCGUUCGUCUCUACGACGUCAUCCACACCGAGACUAAACUCGUCCUCAUAUUCGAAUACUGCGAACGCGAUUUGAAGAAGUACAUGGACGUCCAUGGCGAUCGUGGCGCGCUCGACCCUGUGACCGUCCGGAGUUUCAUGUAUCAGCUUUUGAAGGGCACCGCCUUCUGCCACGAAAACAGAGUCUUGCAUCGGGAUCUGAAGCCGCAGAAUCUGCUGAUCAAUAGGAAGGGUGAGCUGAAGCUGGGCGAUUUUGGCUUGGCGAGGGCAUUUGGUGUCCCGGUGAACACGUUCUCCAAUGAGGUUGUCACGCUGUGGUAUCGCGCGCCGGAUGUCUUGAUGGGUUCGCGGACGUACAGCACAUCGAUCGAUGUCUGGUCUUGUGGGUGCAUUUUCGCGGAGAUGAUAUCUGGAGUACCUCUCUUCCGUGGUAGAGACAACCAAGACCAGUUACUUCACAUCAUGCGAAUCAUUGGCACACCCGAUGACCGUACUUUGCGAAAGAUUGCUGCCGAAGGGCAAACCGAGGUGCCGACAGGGCAGAAGCAAUAUCCACGAUACCCGAAGAUCCCGUUUAGCCAGGUCCUACCGAAGGCGUCUGCUCCUGCUCUCGACCUCCUGGAGCGCCUCCUCCAGUUUGAUCCCUCCAAGCGUAUCACGGCUGCCGAUGCGCUUUCACACCCAUACUUCACGGGCUCCGUGCCUCACGGUUUGCCAGCACCUGCACCUGGCUCCAUGCCUCCGCCUCCGUACAACUAUCCUCACCCCCACGCGCACCAGCAACAGCAGAUACAGCAACAGCAGCAGCAGCAAGCGCAUGCCCAGGCACAGGCCCAAGCCCAGGCUGCAUAUCUGCAGGCUCAGUCCACCGGAUUGGUGCACGGGCAGCCCGCCGUGUAUGCGAGUCAGCAGGACCCGGCGCGGAUUGCCCAGGCUCAAGCGCAGGCUCAAGCCAUAGCGAUGGCGCAAGCACAGACGCAAGGCCAGCCUCAACCGCAGGCGGCGGCCUAUGCGAUGCAGUACCCGCAGCAGUACGCAUCAAAUGGGCGAUAGCACCAGCCGGACUGUUUCUCGGUCAUCGCAGUUCGUCGCCUUUACACUAUUCACGGCAAGCUUAUGAGUUUACUUUGCUCUCUCUCUUUAUCGGUUCACGUCUGCAUGUUUGUAACUCUAUAUCAUCAUGUACAUUCCCUUUUCUCUCCAUCGGAAUUCAUCGGUACUGUACUGCGGAUAGAUCUGUCUCGAGACAUUCACAUCGCGUGUGGCACGUACCUCGUACGCUAUGGCAAUGAUAGUAAUCACUCAUUUGGUCACAACUUUCUUGCGUACUUGUGCCCACAUCUUGCCGCAUCUUGGCUGCGUGAUAAAAAGAUGUUCGUUGCUGC